UUCCUCAAUCCAACCUGACUCACCUGUGCAACCUUAUUAAAUUCUGAUUCUAAAUUAUUUAAAGACUAGGUUGUAUUGGGACGUAACCUGCACCGCCGCAAUCCUAGCAAACCACGAUUAGGAUUAGGGUUUGGUCGGCCAGCGAGGAUGCUGGAUCUCCAGAAGCGGCGGGUCCAGCUCUCGCUCUUCGUCGCAGGCCUCAUCGCUCUCAGCAUGACAGCUGAAAAGUUCAGGGAACUUGUUGGAAAAGAAGCAGCAUCCAAAAGUGGCGAGUUUACGCUUUUAAAUCGUUUCGACAUGGGCUCUGGAAGUCUUGCAAGUGGGGCCAAAGAAGGUGUCAAGUUCUAUGUCUACAACCUCCGAAGUGCUCAUGUGGAGAGAGUAAAGCAGCAAGCCAUUGAGGCUGCAUUGACCGAGGCACUGAAGGAGGGGUUGAGUGAGAGUAUGGCGGCUAAGCAGGCACUGAAAGUUGGAGCAAAAGCUGCAAAGCUGGCCUCCAGGCAGGCCAAGCGCAUUUUGGGUCCUACUAUAUCUUCAGGCUGGGACUUCUUUGAAGCCUUAUAUUUUGGGGGCACCAUUGCAGAGGGAUUUCUCCGAGGGACUGGCACCUUGUUUGGGACUUAUGCAGGGGGAUUCCAUGGAGAGCAAAGGCUGGGUAAGUUGGGUUAUCUUAUAGGAAGCCAUCUUGGUAGUUGGGUUGGAGGAAGGAUAGGGCUGAUGGUAUAUGAUGUUGUAAAUGGAGUGAAUUAUUUACUUCAAUUUAUCCAACCAGAAGAAAACACAAGCUCUGUAACUGAUGAUGAAGAUUCUGGUUCUGAAGGUAAAUAUAAAACAGAAGGACAUGUUCAUUAUGAAAGUCUGAGUGAGGAAACUGGUAAUUAUGAAACACCAGAAGAUGAAAUUCCACAAGAAGAGACUGAAGCCUCUGGGGGUUGGGGAUUUUUUGGAACUGAAUGAGAUGCUGACGAUUAUUGUGAAAUCUGUAGAAAAUUUCGUUUUCAUGUUUUAUUCUGUAAUUUAUUUCUGCAAUAAUGUUGCAUAAUACAUUUUAUGUCGGGUUCACCAGUGAUGCAUCAGGUCGCUGGAGAUACACGGGGUUAUUUUUACUACAUGUAGUUGGAAAGCACAGGCAGAAUUGCUUGAUUAUUGAAGAUACUGCAUUUGAAGAUUAUAGGUUGACAA